GGCGCAGGCGCACUGGGCGGUGACCGCGCGCUUUCCGCUUCCGCCGCCCUCUUUCUGGUCGACGCGGCGGCGGAGACGGUGGGUGCGGGCCGCGCGGAGGCCGGGGGCGAGGCAGGAAGAUGCAGAUCUUCGUGAAGACCCUGACGGGCAAGACCAUCACCCUCGAGGUCGAGCCCAGCGACACCAUCGAGAAUGUCAAGGCCAAGAUCCAGGACAAGGAGGGCAUCCCCCCUGACCAGCAGCGGCUGAUCUUUGCGGGCAAGCAGCUGGAGGACGGGCGCACCCUGUCGGACUACAACAUCCAGAAAGAGUCCACGCUGCACCUGGUGCUGCGCCUGCGCGGCGGCAUCAUCGAGCCGUCCCUGCGGCAGCUGGCGCAGAAGUACAACUGCGAGAAGAUGAUCUGCCGCAAGUGCUACGCGCGCCUGCACCCGCGCGCCGUCAACUGCCGCAAGAAGAAGUGCGGCCACACCAACAACCUGCGGCCCAAGAAGAAGAUCAAGUGAACCCGCGCCCCCGCGCGCCCCUCUCUCUGUCUGUUUGUCCUGGAAUAAACCGCAGCUCACGCA